UCCUGGUACCUCCUCCCGACCGGAUAUAACGGUCCGCGCGCGGCUCUCCGAACCGGAAGUGGAGAGGAACUGUCGCGGGGCGCGUCUGGCCUGACUCAACGCCCGGCAGUCUCUGCCGUUGCAGCCGCCCUCGGCGCUGCCGAGGCUUCCCGCAGUCGCCAUGUCCGCCAGCGCCGUCUACGUGCUGGACUUGAAGGGCAAGGUGCUCAUCUGUCGGAACUACCGUGGCGACGUGGACAUGUCGGAGGUGGAGCACUUCAUGCCCAUCCUGAUGGAGAAGGAGGAGGAGGGCAUGCUGUCCCCCAUCCUGGCCCACGGGGGUGUCCGCUUCAUGUGGAUCAAACACAACAACCUGUAUCUGGUCGCCACCUCCAAGAAGAACGCGUGCGUGUCUCUGGUGUUCUCCUUUCUUUACAAGGUGGUGCAGGUGUUCUCCGAGUACUUCAAGGAGCUGGAGGAGGAGAGCAUCCGCGACAACUUCGUCAUUAUCUACGAGCUGCUGGAUGAGCUCAUGGACUUUGGCUACCCCCAGACCACGGACAGCAAGAUCUUGCAGGAGUACAUCACUCAGGAAGGCCACAAGCUGGAAACAGGGGCCCCGCGGCCCCCAGCCACCGUCACCAACGCAGUGUCUUGGCGGUCUGAAGGCAUCAAGUACCGGAAGAAUGAGGUGUUCUUGGACGUCAUCGAGUCUGUGAACCUCUUGGUCAGUGCCAACGGCAACGUCCUGCGCAGCGAGAUCGUAGGCUCCAUCAAGAUGCGGGUCUUCCUCUCGGGAAUGCCGGAGCUGCGCCUGGGCCUCAACGACAAGGUCCUCUUCGACAACACGGGCCGGGGCAAGAGCAAAUCUGUGGAGCUGGAGGACGUGAAGUUCCACCAGUGCGUGCGCCUUUCGCGCUUCGAGAACGACCGCACCAUCUCCUUCAUCCCGCCAGACGGCGAGUUCGAGCUCAUGUCCUACCGCCUCAACACCCACGUCAAGCCCUUGAUCUGGAUCGAGUCUGUGAUCGAGAAGCACUCCCACAGCCGCAUCGAGUACAUGAUCAAGGCCAAGAGCCAGUUCAAGCGGCGGUCCACUGCCAACAACGUGGAGAUCCACAUCCCCGUGCCCAACGAUGCCGACUCACCCAAGUUCAAGACCACGGUGGGCAGCGUCAAGUGGGUCCCCGAGAACAGCGAGAUCGUGUGGUCCAUCAAGUCCUUUCCAGGCGGCAAGGAGUACCUGAUGCGGGCCCACUUCGGCCUGCCCAGCGUGGAGGCCGAGGACAAGGAGGGCAAGCCCCCCAUCAGCGUCAAGUUCGAGAUCCCCUACUUCACUACCUCAGGCAUCCAGGUGCGCUACCUGAAGAUCAUCGAGAAGAGCGGCUACCAGGCGCUGCCCUGGGUCCGCUACAUCACCCAGAAUGGAGAUUACCAGCUCCGGACCCAGUGAGGGGCCACCACAGCCAACACCCCGGCCCUGCCGGCCUCGGGGUUCCUGGUGGGAGCACCAGGUCGUACCUGCCAAGCCCGCCAGAUGAGGAGGGCCACCCCCCAGGCCCUGGCCGCCACCCUGGCCUCUGCCCAGGGACCUCCCUCCCUCUGCAGGCCACCUGCUCUGCCAUGGACACUCACCUCGGAAGACCUUUUCCCAAAGAGUCUGGCCCCUCAGGAGUCCUGUCUCUUUGUCCCCUGAAGUCCAGGGAAGGACGUGAGGUCGCCCCGCUAGAGGUACAUGACAGCCUCCGUGCUGUCCGCCCCAGCUGCCGGGGCCUGGCUCACCCGAGCCAGCUGCCCGCGGCUCCGCUCCCUGCCUCCCAGGGCAGCGCCCGGCAGCAGGGACAUCGUUUUGUUGCCGUUUUGUUGAAGACGUUGUUUAUCGCUGUUCCCGGAGCUCGGCUUUGUGCGUUUCUUGCUGCUCCUGUGCCCGCCGUCCUCCUCAGGGCAGCUCUCCGGGGCGGCCUCGCCACCGCCCGCAGCCCCCUCCCACGAUGGCGAUGGCCUGCUGCCCUCAGCGGCUGCCUCUCGGGGGUCCCUGGCCUGGGCUCAGAGCCUCCCUGGUGGCACCGUCCCAGGGUCACCCAGACCUCAAGGUGCUGUCCCUCAGCCGGAUCAGUGUUUCCCCAAAGGGGAGGACGCUCUAGGACACCUAGAGGGUGGGCGGUCACCAGCCCCGCCCGGCCCUGCCCGCCUACCGUGCUUGUCACAGCUGCAUUAAAUGCCAUCGCUGCACCCACCUCCCGCCUUCUCUAGGAUGCAGCGGGGUAGGCGCUGCUCCGUGGCCACCACGGCAGGCGUGGGGCCCGCCUGGCUGUCACUGACCUUCUGUGUGGCCCCAUGAGGCCUGCUGUCCCCUAGCACCUCCCCUCAGCCCCCAGCUGAGAAACAGGAACAGGCUGUCGGGACAUGCACCCCCUUCCCUGGACACUGGGCUGCCCCUGGGCCUGAGGCCACCAGGAGGCCCUCGGGCUGUUCUCCUCUGCCCUUAAGGGAUGCCUUCAGCCUCCAGGGGCCACAAGCUGCCCCGCCCUUGGUGACGCCUUGGAGUGCAGUCCUCGUGCCAGCGGCCAGCAGCCCACCGCCCUCUGGACACCAGGCUCGGGGCCCACCAGCCUGCCAGAGCAGAGUCCGGGGCUGGGCCCAGGAACCUCACCAAGCGCCAGGGGUGCCAAGGGGCACCACAGGCUGAGGAUCACGCCUGGUUUGUAGUGGGAAAGGGGCCUGCGGCAGAGUCUUCUGUCCCCCCAGGCCCAGGCCCAGGCCCAGGCCCACAGCAGCCACCCUAGGGCCUCUCUGCAGAGGACCCUACUCUCACCCACCGUGGGGGGCGGAACUGCAGCUUGGGCUCUUGCCAGCCACACUCUGCAGAGCCCCGUGGCCCAGGAAAUGGUGCCCAGCAGGUGGGGCUCCAGUCUCCAUGGACCUGAAACCCCCCACUGCAGAGACGCAGAAAUGGGUGAGGGGAGGGGACGGGGGCCGCCCUGUGGCUCAGCGGCAGAGCACUUGCCUGGCCCGUGCAGAGCCCCGGCUGCCAGCCCCCGCACUGUGCCCAAAAGAAAAAACAGUCACUGUCCAAAUGCAGAACAUCUGCACCUCGGAGAGCAGGGAGACAGAGCAGGCCCCAGCAGGGCUGCCCCUUAGGCAAGUCAGGAGGAGAGCGCACAGGUGGGAGGAGGCGUCUCAAACUGGCAAGAGAAGAACAACCUAGAACUCCAUGCCCAACGUUCACCCCAUAAAAGACCCUUAAAGAGAAAGAGCGGUGAGACCGCAUCAAGCACUGAACAGCAGCCGUUGGUGACUGAUGCUGUCCCAGUGACGUCAGGCCCCAGUGACUGUGGAGGCACACGGAAAGGGGCAGGUGACUGCUGAGCGCCUUCCAAGGGCUCUGGGCUGAUUGGGAGGAGGGGGAUUUAAAGUGUAAAGAGGCUGCGUGUUCACUGUAGCCCCCAGACGGUGCUGGGAGAACAAACACGGGGUGUUCUGUCACUUUCACAAUAAUAGGUGGUCCCCAGAGGGCACCAAGUGGGCGGGGAUGCCACGCAAUGGGGUGGGGAGGCUCCCCAGCACCAGUAAGGCCGGGGGCUUCGUCCCCAGCACCCCAAGAAAACAACAGCUACGCUAAUACUUUGGGAUACCCUGUCCCCCAUCGUUAGAAGCACAGAAUAAGAUCACAGAAAUAAGUCCAGGUGUCGGAGAGCCGGAGCUGCUAGGGAGGGGCUCAUGCCACCAAGUUCAAAAUCCAGCUGCAUCGUCUAUAGACACACCCCUGAAGGCACUGACAGGAAGAGCAUAAAGACGUUAAAAGAUACCAAAAGAAAAGCCUUUAGUUACAUAAAUAUCAGACAGAAGAGACCUUACGUGGGGGGCAGUCGAUGUCCCAGACCCCCCAAAGCUCCCACAAAGCCCAAGCAUUACUUAUUUUUCAGCAACGGGGAAAGGUACCCAGGGAUGCUUUAUUGCUGAGCUGAACCCUCAGCCUUCUUUUAUAUUUU